AUGGACUCUAGUCCCCCAAAUUCAGCUCGGGGACCGUUGGCUGGUGGGAAACAGAUAACCCGAAACAGAGUCAGCCUUUCAUGUCACGUUCAUCCAAUCUGUGAUAACUGCGCGAAAACCGGAGCGGAAUGUGUUUACGAUGUAUCGUCGCAAAGACGCGACGAGGGACGCGAUGGGGCCGGGCAAGGUAGUAGACAUGGAGUGAAACGGAGGAGAGAGACACCGCAAACUUGGGAGGAAGAUGUGGACGAGUUGCAAACAAUCUAUGGGCAAAUGAGACAGGCCGAGGCAUCUGCCGGCCAAAAGUCUGACCCGCGCGCUAUUGAGUAUCGGCUAGACAAGUUGAUGUCCAUGAUCGCGCGAUUGGGUGGCACCGCUCAAGCACUUGAAGCGGCCGAGAGACAUGCAGCAGCCCCUAGCGCUGCAGUAGAAUCGGCUCUUUUGGAGGAAUUGCGACAAACUCAUGCUCGAAAUGGAAGGGCGACAUCUUCACGGCCCUCGAGUCCACGUCGCACUGCUGCGGAGUCGAGCGGGGAUGAAUUUCCCAUCCCAUCAGGUCAAGCGACCGACCUAGUUGACCCAGUUGGAAGUCUGAAUUUGGGGCACUUGAGCUUGGAUGAUGGUGGAAGGUCAAGGUAUGUCGGGACAACAUAUUGGGCUUACAUCUCCCAUGAGAUCAAUGAUUUAAACCAGUUGCUGAGAGACCAAAAUCGAUCCCAUGACCUAUCUCCAUCCGCCAAUCCCAAUGAAGAGCACACUGAUAUCAUGGACGACGGUCGCAGUGAGUGGAAAAAGUCAUUUGGCAGCCCUAUUUAUUCAAUUGCCUCUGAAGCUCGGCGGUCGUUUCAGCCAUCUGUUCUUUUUCCAUCCGGUGAAUCUCCAACUGGCACUGAGAGGCUUGUGGAACCUGAGAUGCUCAAACAUGUUCCAACAAGACGUCAGAGUCAAAUACUCUACAAGGGUUUCAUGUCUGGUGUUCACGCAAUCAGUCCAGUCAUACAUCCUCCCACUGUUUUGAAGCUUUAUAAUGCUUUUUGGAACUGGUAUGACUACAGUAGCUACUCGGGAGAAUCGUGCCCAAGUCCGUCAUUUAUUCCUCUUCUCUACGCCAUCUGGUAUGGCGGCUCUGUCACUAUUUCAAUUCGAACGAUCAAAGCAGAGUUCAAUGCAGCAUCCCGGUUCUCACUGUCCUCCAUGUAUAACGAAGAAGUGACUCACUGGUUGGCAAAAAUAUCCUUUCCUCGAAGCCCCUCUCUCCAAGGGCUGUCAGCCUAUCUUAUCGUUCAAACUAUUUUGUCCAAAGAGGAAGAGCCUCUCACAAGUAGUCUGUUUGUCAGUCUCGCAAUGAGAGUGGCGCAGACCAUGGGCCUACAUCGGGACCCAGCAAAAUUUGGCAUUGAAUCAUGUGAAGCGGAGUAUCGACGACGAUUAUGGUGGCACAUUAUGCAUAUGGAUGGCGUUGUGGCGAUGUCGAGUGGUCUUCCUCCUCUGGUUAGUGAUGAGAAUUAUUGGGACGUACGCGAAACUAGCGAAUUGAAGGACACCAUGCUGGGUUCUCCAGAGGCAGAACGAUAUGAGCAACUAGUCGCGGCACAGCAGCGGCUCCCUGAAAACCCAGAUGAGCCUUCUGUCUGCGGUGGACCAUCAAUGGUGAACGUAUUUUAUUUGACUGCGAGGGGGAAAUACACAAUGGCCCGUGCUGUUCGUCGAAUAUUGCGCAUUCAACUGGGUACCAAACCUGUCACUCGAAGAGAUAUGGAAGAGCUCCGUGCAAUUCUUCUCGACCUCCAGUUGAAGUUGAACUCAAUUAUCAAACGGAUCCCCGAGGAUAAAUCAGAACAAACUCCAGGCUCAGCGGGCCGAGCUCUUUCUAUGUCAAAGUCGCCUGCAUUCUGUGUGGCGUAUCAGCCCUUUUUGAAGAAUGCCCGCAGUCGAAUAUGGCCUGCUGCUAGGCAGAGCGCACUUCGCCACUGCCAUGGAUUUAUGGAAAAGUUCAUUCAGCUGGCGACAGACCCAGACUUCCAACCGUUUCAUUGGAGCUGGCCAGGUAACCACCAACCUAUGCACGCAACGAUGAUUAUGCUCAUUGAUCUGUAUGAGCGACCAUACAGUCCAGAGGCUUCAAGAUCUCGCGCCUUCAUCGACCGAAUUCUCGCACUCUCUGGACCUGAUGGAGGUGUUGUUGGUGGUGAAGAUGGCAUCUCAACGCAACGACCGCUCAAAGACGGUGGUCGUGAAGCCUGGGACAUGAUUCGUCGUCUUCGUCAGAAGGCCUGGCAAAAGGCCGGGCUGAACCCCAAGAUGCUUUGGACGGAACAGGAUCAAAUCCACGCCGGUAUUGCCUCUCCAGCAGGAGAGCCCCAUAAUUCACGUAGCCCAUACCAUUUGGGAACAUCACCAGCGCCCGUGUCUCCCGCAGCCUCGACAGGAUAUCAGGCUGUUGGGUCAGGUCGCCCACUUAACGACUUCAACAGGAUGUUUUAUAACAUGACACGGUCUCAAAUUCUUCCUAACCCUACGUCUUCCUCGGGGGCAGUCAGACCUAGCCCCCUGAGAUAUUCCGCUCAUCCUCCUAGACAAGCGUCCCACCCCUCUUCCAUUCCCUUACACAAUACCACUCCAGCAGCUAUCAAUAUGCCUUCUCCGGCCACAUUGACAUCACCGUCCGCCAUGUCAUCUUCUCCCGGUGCGACAUCCUCGCUGGGGACGCCCCAAUCCAUCCACUCCUCUACUGCCUCUCAACCCCAAGUACCUGCGGCUCUUCAACCCCUCCCCGGCACCACCCACUCUUCAAAUAUGUCAUUUAUGGAUCCUAUUUCACCAAACCCACCCCCAUUGGGAGUACCCACACCGCCAUCAAUGGUGGAUCCGAACCUAAAUUUCGAUUGGGACCAAUGGGAUGCAGUCUUUGGACAGCAUUUACCUGUGGCGGACGAGCUUAUGGAACUAGACCCUGUCUCCGGAUUGGAAUUUGCGAAUUUCGGGAUCCCUCCUGCUGAUGGUGGCAUCAAUGCCAAUGGCAUGUCUACAGAGACUUUUCCAACAGCCUGGGCGGACAAUCCAUCAGGCAAUAGUGUUUCCUCCAGUGAGUGGACAGGAUAUCGUUGA